AUGUCUGGCAUCGUCAGUACCAUUGAAGGCCUGGCCAACACUGUCACGACCAAAGCCAUGUCGAUUGUCGAUUCUGUCUUUCCGCCAGAGCGCCGUCAGGAGCUCCUGACCAAGCUCCAGCACCAACUAACAACCACUGCANNGGCCUUCCUCCUCACCAACAUUGCCCUCACGGGCCCGCCUAUGUUCCUGUUCAUCCUCUUCUCCCUGACCGUCUUCAUCUUCUCCCUCGUCGUUGCUUUGCUCGUCGGCCUGCUUGUCGCUAUUGGUUUCACCCUCUUCAUGGUCGUUAUCGCUCUGGUCAUAGUCUUCCCGACCGUCUUCUUCACUAGUCUCGCCGCAUGCUUCCUCUUCCUGUGGGGUCUGGGCGGAUACUACCUCCUGAAGUGGUUCAACAAGGGCGAAACACCUGCAGCAGACGGCGAAGCUAUCGGCGACAAGAUCAAUGCUCUUACUGGCGGAAGACUCGACUUCAUCAUGGGCGGAGCGCGUAAGGAAUACCCGGAUCACUCAGGCCAGAAUGGCAAAGACGAAGCAAGCCCGAAACCAAAUGGCAAGCCCAGAAAGCUUCAAGACAACCCAGCCAAGUCGAGCGGAGUCGACCUGGGCAAACAAGCAGACUCGAUCAGAAAGAAUGCCAAUGUGGGCAACGUCACCAACCAGGCAACCAAGCAAACGCACCUNGGAUGGAGUGACCAAACAGGCUGGGGUGGACGGAGUAACGAAAAGGCAGACGGUGUCACGGGUACGGCCAAGGGGCUGGCCGGGGGCCUUGUGUAG